AGUUAAAAAAAUUACUGAUGACGGCCCCUAUAGUUAGGUGAAAAAGCACAUGUUUGCCAUUGUACUAUAUUGUUGUUGCAUUAUAGCGAUUAGAGUUAUUUGAACAAAUUAAUAGUACAAAUAGACACCGUAAGUCAUAACAUGCAAAUAAUAUUAUGUCAACGAUGUACUAUGUCUAUGAUAUUAAAUAAUUUUAAUUUGAGGUGCAUAUUUUAUUGAUCGUUUAUCAAAUAAUUAACGUAUUAACUAUAUGUAUACUUGGUACCUUCUACCUGAAUAAUAAUUUUAGUAUUUAUACAGUAAGUUAUUAUUAUUAUUAUUGUUCACUUUCACAAUGAUGUAUCAACAACUAACUACAGUUUGCAUCUUUAUUAUCACAUGUCAUAUGGUAUCCGGGCCAUUAACAAAUGAUCAGAAACUCACUCUCUCUCGCCACGAAUUACGAUCCAUGCAGAGAGGCGGUCAGUUGCUGCCGCCGCCGAAGGGCUUCAAACACAUGAACAUGGCAGACAUCUAUAAAAAAUUUCCCAGGAAUUCAUUCAAGAUAAAAUCGUUACGAGACGCUUUAAGAAACAAUAAUCGCAAGUCAUUUUCACUUCCGAAGGGUGGCCGUAAAAAUAUUGUCAAAAUUGUUGUCAGAAAGAGGAAUAAAUAUAUCCAAAGACAAUGAAGAUGAUGAUGUCAGCGUACAAUAGAGUAUAGUUAACUCACAUUAAGAAGUGCUCAUAACUAUUGAAUAGGUACAUAAUAUUUAUUAUAUAUUUUAUUUUAUAAGCUCGU